AAACAGAGAAGCACAUUGAGACAGAGGAACACAAAAGAGAAGGCGCAGAAGGGAGAAAGAGAAGGAAUUCUUGUUGCAUUGCUCUCCCUUGUUGUAUUUCUCAAUUCUGCUAGGAAAAAAAGAUUGUGUGGAAAAAGUGCCUCCUCUUUUGCUGCAAAAAGAGCUUUUCCCCAUCUCUUUCUCUCUCUCUCUCUCUCUCUCUCCCUCUUCCUGGCUAUCUUUAUUUACACUCAAGAGAGAGAACUCAGAGCAGCCUCUCCCUUAAUCAUCUCUCGAUUAUCAAAAAAACACACACACACACACACUGUCUGUUGUGUUCAUUAUUGUAAGAAGAGCAAAUUAACAGAGAGGCUUUACGCCUGUAUUAGUGUGUGCAGCAAGGAAACGUUUCUCUCUGGGCAGUUUCUUGGCUAUCUAGCUUCAAUAGCUCUCCUCUUAACCAAUCAUCUGUGCCUUGGUUUGUCAAAUUUUUUUUCUUUUUCAACCAGAUAACCAAGAACCCUUAUUUACUAAGGAUCAAGGAGGGAAAAAGUCGUGAUUUUUGAGUUGGAAAAACACACACACACAAAGAGAGAGAGAGAGAGAGAGAGAGAGAGAGAGAGAGAGAGAGAGAGAUCUUUCUUGUUUAUAAAUGUGGAAUGGCAUUUAAGCUGCUACACUGCUUCUUCUUGGAAAUCAACAGUCUGCACAAUUUGUAACCGCCCUCUGCAGCCUGUGUCCGCCAAAAAUCAGUCUUCACUGUAAGCACUCUAAAAAUAGAGCUUAUAGUGAAGAAAAUGGUGCCCCAGAAACAAGCAGAAGAAGCCAUUGUCCCUGGGAAUAUGAAUGAGAAUGAUCAUGAUGAUCAUCAUCAGGUAGAGGAAGAAGCAGCGGACAUUCAUCCCAGGCGUAACUUCAAAAGUUUUCUUUGGCAUGGAGGGUCUGUGUAUGAUGCUUGGUUCAGCUGUGCCUCGAAUCAGGUGGCACAAGUUUUGUUGACUUUGCCGUACUCUUUUUCUCAAGUGGGAAUGCUCUCAGGAGUAAUUCUCCAAGUGUUUUAUGGUUUACUUGGAAGCUGGACUGCUUAUCUUAUCAGUGUACUCUAUGUUGAGUACAGAACCAGAAAAGAGAAAGAGAAUGUCAGUUUCAAGAAUCAUGUCAUUCAGUGGUUUGAGGUGUUGGAUGGCUUGCUGGGGCCACACUGGAAGGCUGUGGGAUUAGCCUUCAAUUGCACAUUCCUUUUAUUUGGCUCUGUCAUCCAGCUUAUAGCUUGUGCAAGUAACAUAUAUUACAUUAACGAUCGGUUGGACAAGAGGACUUGGACAUACAUAUUUGGGGCGUGUUGUGCGACUACCGUGUUUAUUCCAUCUUAUCACAACUACAGAAUAUGGUCCUUUCUGGGUCUAGGAAUGACCUCUUAUACAGCUUGGUAUUUGACGAUUGCAUCCUUUGUUCACGGCCAGGUCAAAGGAGUAACGCACUCCGGACCGACGAAGAUGGUUUUAUAUUUUACCGGUGCCACCAAUAUACUUUACACUUUCGGUGGCCAUGCCGUCACCGUGGAAAUCAUGCAUGCUAUGUGGAAGCCUCAAAAGUUCAAGUACAUAUAUUUGCUAGCAACGUCAUAUGUGUUCACCCUUACAAUUCCAUCUGCUGCUGCUGUCUACUGGGCCUUCGGGGACCAACUUCUCACUCACUCCAACGCCUUCUCGCUUCUCCCACGGACUGGCUUCCGUGAUGCUGCUGUCAUUCUAAUGCUUAUACAUCAGUUUAUAACAUUUGGGUUUGCCUGCACACCUUUGUACUUUGUUUGGGAGAAAGUGCUCGGUGUGCACGACACGAAGAGCAUAUGUUUGAGGGCACUAGCUAGGUUACCGGUAGUAAUACCAAUAUGGUUCUUGGCCAUUAUCUUUCCCUUCUUCGGGCCUAUAAACUCAGCUGUGGGGGCAUUUCUGGUUAGCUUUACGGUCUACAUCAUCCCUGCUCUUGCCCAUAUGCUCACCUACAGGAAAGCCUCGGCCCGGCAGAAUGCAGCAGAAAAGCCUCCAUUUUUCCUCCCAAGCUGGACAGGCAUGUAUGCCAUCAACAUAGUCGUGGUGUUGUGGGUUUUCAUCGUUGGGUUCGGAUUCGGAGGGUGGGCGAGCAUGACUAAUUUCAUUAAGCAAGUCGACACAUUUGGUCUCUUCGCCAAGUGCUAUCAGUGCCAGCCACCGGCAAAGCACUGAUGCUGUGCUGUAUGGAGAUCACACUUUUUCUGAGGCUGGAAGCCAAUUUCAAGUAAUGUAGCAGGAUGAAGAAGUUCAUUUUCUGGAUGUGGACUGUGUCUGAUGUUCGGUGUAAAUGCUGAUUGAUUGCAUAGUCUGAUCUGAUGUAGAUUGAUUAAGUUAUGCCGAUGAACAGAGUGUGAUGGCUCCUAUGGAAAGCAUAUGGGCAACCAGGAUUCAGGACAGUUUUUAAGAACUAUGGAGUUAGGAUUAAGGAACUUGUGGGUAAUAAUAUCAAAUGGUGAACUA